GUUUUCUAUCAACUCCUUCCAUACAACACCGAUGAGAAGCCACCUGCGGAUCUGCCCCAAUGCCACAGCAUCAUCACCGUCUCUAGCCAGAGCCGCGAAGGCCGCGGCGUAGCUGCUCCUGCACCAGGGACGCUCCCAUCCACGAAUCGUGGGUAACGCACCGAGAGCGGCGGCGCACGGAAGCCACGGCCAUGGGCGGCGGCGGCGGCGACGACGCGCUGUACGCGCGAUGCCUGGUGAUCCUGUACCUGAUCAGCCCGAUCACCGUGUUCCUGCUCCGGUUCGUGUCGGCGCCGUACGGGAAGCUCUCCCGCCCCGGGUGGGGUCCCGCCGUGCCGGCGGCGCUCGCGUGGUUCCUCAUGGAGAGCCCCACCAUGUGCCUCCCGCCCCUCGUCCUCUCCGCCGCCGCCUCCUCGUCGGCGCUGCGCGCCGCCGCUCUCCUCCCGGCCGCGCUGUACGCGCUCCACUACGUGAACCGCACGCUCGUCCACCCGCUCCGGCUCCUCCGCCUCCGCCGCGCGCCGGCGCCCGUUCCGAUCCUCGUCGCCGCCUUCGCCUUCGGCUUCAACCUCCUCAACGCCUACGUCCAGGCGCGCUCCUGGGCGCUCGACGCCGCCGCUCCCCACAGCACCGCCACCGCCACCGCCACGCCCGCGGCCGUCGCCCGCUGCCUCGUCGGGCUAGCCCUCUUCGCGUGGGGGAUGCGGACCAACAUCGCGGCGGACAAGGCGCUCCUGAGGCUGAAGGAGGCCGGGAAAGGGUACCAGAUUCCCCGCGGCGGGCUGUUCGACGUGGUCACCUGCCCCAACUACUUCGGCGAGGCCGUGGAGUGGCUCGGCUACGCGCUGGUGGCGUGGACGCCGGCGGCCUGGGCCUUCUUCCUCUACACCUGCUCCAACCUCGGGCCGAGGGCCAGGGAUCACCGCCGGUGGUACGUCGGCAAGUUCGGCGACAAGUACCCGGCGUCGCGCAAGGCGUUCGUCCCGUACAUCUACUGAUUCCUCUGUUAUUGCUGAUGGAUACGUAUCGGCCAGGGAGUGAUGCGCAUUGUGCUUCACCUCGAAACAGCUUUUGAUUCAUACUGUUGGCAUGCGCAUGUGGUUCUGUUGGAUUGGAAUAAAAAUGAGCCGUAUCGUGGCUGUUUGUCCCG